AUGCGAAGCUUCACUAAUCACCGGGCGUGGCGCAAGGCAUUCUCGGGUAGUGGGGGUCCCACAUCGUGUACCGCAGCACGCACACUGUACGAAGUACUUUGUAUCUGUCAACCAUGUGUGGUGAGCGAAGUUGACCUUUGGAGGGCAAGGCGGAAACGCUUCAUCGGCUCUCGACCAAUAGAAGAUGGGGAACAGGAAGUGAAGUGGAUACGACUCACACCACAGCUCAUUUUAUUCGUACCCAAGUACCCGAGUACCCAACUGCAUUCCCUCAACAACACCAUUGACCAUCACUACACACAUGCAGCCCUGCUCUAUCGACUUGCUGACACUGCCUCCUUUUCCACUAGGCUGACUGACAUGAUGCCCAGCGAGAGGAUAUUCGACAAUGGAGACGACAUCCUUAAAAAGGAACAGCCACCAAAGCUUCUCUUGCUUCGAACCUUCCACGGAACCUUCCACGGAACCUUCUUGGCUGGCCUCAUUCCUGCCUCCUCAAACCAUAUCAUCCUUCAACUAUAA